AUGGGAAUUAUCGAGCGCCUAAGGGGGCUCUAUUCGAAGAAGGUGCCUUUGUACAUGUCACGAGCCAGCAGGCCGUCUCCCACCCUGAGUCGAGAUGCGCCUUCUGUUAUCAAGUAUCGCGUCCGCGCCGUCAUGGCGUCUUGUUUUGGCUGUAGCCUUGCGGCGCUAUAUCUAAUCGUCGUCAAAGGGCACACGACGUAUCUGGAGGCUCUCCGACUCCUAGGUUGGUGGCCGAUUGGACCUCUUGAAAUUAUCAAGUCACUUUUCCUUACGGCCAUUCUCUUUAUGGGAUUCCUCUUUGAGCGGGGAAUAGCCGAAGGUGAAUGGAGAAACUGGAUUCGAGGACGCGGCUUCUUUGAAUCGCUUAGCGGUUGGGUUGGCUGGCGGAAUUUUGUCGCCGGCCCUAUAACCGAAGAAGUGGCUUUCCGCUCAAUCAUAAUCGCGCUGCAUUUGCUGGCAAAAAUAUCUCCGGCACGUAUCGUGUUUGUUUCGCCUCUCUAUUUCGGCAUCGCGCACGUUCAUCAUUUCUAUGAGUUCAAACUGACCCACGAACAUGCUUCGCUGGCGCAAAUGCUAUUCCGGACAAUUUUCCAGUUCAUUUACACGACGAUCUUCGGGUGGUAUGCAGCCUUUGUAUAUCUCCGCACCGGGUCGCUCUUCGCAGUCAUUCUUAUUCAUUCGUUUUGCAACUGCUGUGGAUUACCGCGACUUUGGGGGCGGGUGGAGGUUGAAAUACCGCUCCGGGCUUUUGAUGUGAGACGGAAGGAAGAUGAGGAUCUGCCGUCGCAAAGAAUCCAUCAGAAGCAACUCGGUAUUGAAUGGACGAUAGCGUACUAUCUAAUCCUGAUAGUUGGCGCUGGUGCAUUCUGGAGCCAGCUUUGGCCCUUGACCGAGUCGCCGUUGGCGUUGGCCUCGUUUGCUCGGUCGGCAAUAGCUGACCUCGAGUCCAAAGCCACCGCAUACUUCUCGCACGCCCUGACUCCGGCAAUGAUCCCCCACAGCUUUUUCAAAGCGCGUUUACCCGCCUCUCGAAUCUCUUUCGUCCAAUGCGCCACCUAUACCACCUCCCGACGGAUCCAAAUCCCGCCGCCAUUCCCCAUCACUCCAACCUGUCCGGCGCCCACGUGCCCUUGCGCGGAAAUGCCGCGAGGACUCGAGAUCGAUCAUGAGCAGGACCUCAAUGGGACAAUGGCGGCAUAUGCGCAGCAGGUUUUGAUUGCGACGGGGCAGUCAGACUGGAGGAGCCGGAUCGAGGAGGAUGGACAGGACCAGGGUUGGGGAAUGUUGGGCAGUGGACUGAAGAAGCUGGUUACUCGAGGCGGGAAAUAUGCUGAUCCAUAUAACAGCAUCAUGAUUACGAAUUCGUCGUUCAAGCCGCGGGCGGAUCCAGGCGGCGAGACGAAGACUGCGUCGGCAUUUUUGUUUCCCAGCUUUAAAUAUCUACCCAACAUACCGCUUGACGAGGAGGGCUUGGAAAGAUUUACAAAGGCGUUUCUAUUGCCGCACAAAGUGCACAAGGCACACGAUGUCCUCCCGGCAAGCAAACGAGAGGAGAUGAAACGACAGUCUGCGCUUCAAUCGAGUUUCCCAGGGCUGAUCGAAUUGCGCCAUUCUCCUACAGUCCUCAUCUGCGGCCAUGGGCAUAGAGAUCAGCGAUGCGGAAUAAUGGGACCGCUCCUCCAAGCCGAAUUUCGUCGUGCACUGAAGAACAUUGGCUUCACAACGGAUGGCGACAAAGUUGACGGCCCGGGUCAUGCAAACGUCGGGCUGAUAAGCCAUAUUGGCGGUCAUAAAUAUGCUGGAAAUGUGAUUAUCUACCUUCCACCGUCCAUGGAAUCGAACGCGCUGUCAGGAAAGGGGAUUUGGUAUGGCCGUGUUGAACCAAAGCAUGUGGAGGGAAUCGUCAAGGAGACGAUUCUGGAUGGUCGAGUCAUCAGGGACCAUUUCCGGGGCGGUAUUGAGGAGAGUGGAGUCUUGAGAUUAUAG